CUCUCUCUCUCCUGUCUUUACACGCGCCAUGUCAACUGUAGAAGCCGGCAUUGUCAUUGUAGCGGUGAGGUUGGAGUAGAAAGAGGGACGAGCAGAUGGCGCCCAGAAGGGGCUCCCAGAACCGGCAGCGGUCUCCUACCCCGGACCCCGAUGGCAUGUUCCAGGGCAUGGUCGUCUUCUUGGUCCCCAAGGGCGUCCAACCCCGAAGGCUUCAAGUAUGGAAGCAGAAGCUAACCCAAAUGGGAGCUGUGGUUGAUGAUAACCUCUCAAAGAGAGUUACUCAUAUUUUUGCAAUGAACUCUAGUACGCUUCUACAGCAAGUGAACCUGGAACGCUUGCAUCGACAUGAAGGAAGUUUACUUCAUUAUCAAUGGUUAGAGAACUGUCUAAGAUUAGGAGAAAAAAUAGCUGAAGAUCCAUAUGUGCUGAAGUUUCAAGGUGUUAAUAGAUCAGAUAAGCACUCUGGCAAGAUAUCUCCUGAACCAUCUGAAGCUAGAUAUUCUGAUGAUGAGCUGUCAAGCCACAAAAGGAUCAAAGUUUCCUCUAAGGUUGUGGAAGGAUCAAGCAUGGAAGAAAAUAGAGCCAAGAAAGCAGACUCAACUAGAUCAGAAAAUCAACACUCUGGCGUUCAUGGUCAAGUUGAGGGUCCAUCAACGAGCAAUGACAGUUUACAAGAUACCAAACUUGGGACUGAUGCUUCUGGUGCACCAACAAACAAGGCUGAUGUGUCUCAGUCACAAUCUCCAUACAACCCACCAGAUCUGAACAGGAACAUUACUGAAAUAUUUGGAAAGCUGAUCAACAUUUACAGAGCAUUAGGAGAUGAAAGGAGGUCAUUCAGCUACUACAAGGCCAUUCCUAUUAUUGAGAAGUUGCCUUUUAGAAUUGAAAGUGUUGAUCAGGUCAAAAAUCUUCCUACAAUUGGGAAGUCAUUGCAGGACCAUAUUCAUGAAAUAGUGACUACUGGAAAGUUAUCUAAAUUGGAGCACUUUGAGAAUGAUGACAAGGUUCGGACAGUAAACCUUUUUGGUGAAAUUUGGGGUGUUGGUCCUGCCACUGCUCUUAAAUUAUAUGAAAAAGGUCACCGUAACCUUGAUGAUUUAAAACAUGAUGACUCAUUGACAGCUGCUCAGAAGAUAGGUCUGAAGUACUUCGAUGAUAUAAAGACAAGAAUUCCACGACAUGAGGUUAAAGAUAUGGAGAUGCUUUUACAAAAUGCUGGUCAGGAGGUUUUGCCUGGGGUAAUCGUUGUAUGUGGAGGAUCAUAUAGACGUGGAAAAGCUUCUUGUGGGGACCUGGACAUUGUAAUUACUCAUCCUGAUGGGGAAAGUCAUAAAGGAUUCUUACCCGGGUAUGUUCAAUAUUUGAAGGACAUUAACUUUUUAAGAGAAGACUUGGUAUUUAGCACUCAUAGCACUGAGGGUACUGAUUCAGGGGUAGACACGUAUUUUGGUCUUUGCACAUAUCCUGGUAGAGAAUUGCGACAUCGGAUUGAUUUGAAGGUGUAUCCAAAGGAUCGAUAUGCUUUUGGACUAAUAGCAUGGACUGGAAAUGAUGUACUAAAUAGGCGGUUGAGGUUGUUAGCAGAAUCCAAGGGAUACAGGCUCGACGACACGGGACUGUACUUGGCCACCCAGGGUUCUCCUGGAAAGAGAGGGACCAAAUCCAGCACCAGAGUAAGCUGUUACACGGAGAAGGAGGUGUUUGAUGUACUUGGGUUCCCUUGGCCGGAACCUCAUGAGAGGAAUAUGUGACUUCACUUGCUUGAACCCUUUUGUGUACAUGUCUACUGUCUUUCUUGGGUAUCUUUUCCUUUUUGACUUUGUUUCAUAUGUGCAUUUGUAAAAGUUAGAAAGAAACGAAGAUGCCAUCCGGUUUUGUCACAGCCGUUAUCCAUGUUUUUCGUUGAUUGUUUCAUUUGAAGGUGUGGUGAACUUAACAUAUUUGCUCUUCUAAUAUUAUGGAUAUAUUAAUAUAUAUCCCAUCAGAUAUUUAAAUA